CCCGCCCAUGGAUUUCACAUAGCAGCCGCCGCCUCUGCCGCCGCCUCCUCCUCCGCCUCCUCCUCCUCCGCCGCCGCUCCAUGGCGGCUCCGGCUCCGCGGCCGCCCGGCCUGUGCUGCUGCCGCAAGGGCUCCGCGGCCGGGCCGGAGGCGCCGCCGGCCCCGCCGCCUCCUCCCGAGCCGCCGCCGGACGUGGCGUCGGCGUCCAGCUCGCAGCUCUUCAGCCUGCGGCACCUGCACCUGGGGCUGGAGCUGCGGCCCGAGGCGCGGGCGCUGGCGGGCUGCCUGGUGCUGGAGCUCUGCGCGCUGCGCCCGCAGCCCCGCGCCCUGGUGCUGGACGUGCACCCGGCGCUGCGCGUCCUCUCGGCCGCCUUCCGCCGCGCCGCCGCCGAAGCGCCCUGCGCCUUCGCCUUCUCGCCCGCCGAGGCCGCCGCCGCCCCGGCCCCGCCGCCCCUGCCGCCCUGCCCGCCGCCGCCGCCGCCCUGCGCGCCGCCCUGUGCCGCCAGCCCGCCCGCCACCGCCACCUUCCUCUCGGCGCCCUGCAUCGCCGCCGGGCCGCUGCCCCCCGCCCCCUCGGCGGACCCGCCCGCCGGACCCCCGCCCGCCGCCGAGCCGCCGCCGCCGCUGCCCCUCUUCGCCCAGCCGCCCUGCUCCGCCUGCCCGGUCGGCUUCAGGGUGGACCCGUUCACCGACUACGGCUCGUCCCUCACGGUCUCCCUGCCCGCCGCCCUCCAGCCGCACCAGCCCUUCCAGAUCAUCGUUCGCUACACCACGGCCGACGGCCCCGCCAUCUGGUGGCUGGAUCCAGAGCUGACGUACGGCAAUGCCAAGCCAUUUGUCUUCACGCAGGGCCACUCGGUGUGUAACCGCUCCUUCUUCCCUUGCUUUGACACCCCUGCAGUGAAAUGCACCUACUCAGCUACUGUCAAGGCUCCAGCAGGCAUACAGGUGUUGAUGAGUGCCACCCAAAGUUCCUACCUAGAAGAGGAAGGUGUAUAUCAGUUUUACAUGGAAUAUCCAGUUCCUGCCUACUUAGUGGCCUUGGUGGCAGGAGACCUUAUACAUGCAGACAUAGGUCCAAGGAGCAGAGUGUGGGCAGAGCCUUGCCUGCUGCCAACAGCCAUCAGCAAGCUUUCUGGCAUCGUUGAACGCUGGUUGACUGCUGCAGAGAGCCUGUAUGGCCCCUAUAUAUGGGGAAGAUAUGACAUUGUUUUUCUUCCUCCAUCCUUCCCUAUUGUUGCCAUGGAAAACCCGUGCCUGACUUUCAUCAUCUCUUCCAUUCUGGAGAGCGAUGAGUUUUUGAUCAUUGAUGUCAUCCACGAGGUUGCCCACAGCUGGUUUGGAAACGCGGUCACCAACGCCACCUGGGAGGAGAUGUGGCUGAGCGAGGGCCUGGCCACCUACGCGCAGCGCCGGAUCACCACUGAGACCUACGGAGCUGCCUUCACAUGUUUGGAGACUGCAUUCCGCCUCGAUGCUCUCCACAGACAGAUGAAGCUCCUUGGAGAAGACAACCCGGUCAGCAAACUUCAGGUUAAACUGGAGCCAGGUGUAAAUCCCAGUAAUUUAAUGAACCUCUUCACCUAUGAGAAAGGCUACUGCUUUGUUUACUACCUGUCCCAGCUUUGUGGUGACCCAAGACACUUUGACUCCUUCCUAAGAGCCUACAUUGAGAAGUACAAAUUUACCAGCGUUGUGGCUCAAGAUCUUCUGGAUUCCUUCCUGAAUUUUUUUCCAGAGCUGAAAGAGCAAUGUGUUGAGAGCAAAGCAGGACUGGAGUUUGAACGUUGGCUCAAUGCUACAGGACCUCCAUUAGCUGAGCCAGACUUAUCUCAGGGAUCCAGUCUGACGAGACCAGUGGAGACACUCUUCAAACUCUGGACCACAGAGCCCCUGGACUCUGUUGCUGCUGCCAGCAGCGUUGACCUCACUAAAUGGAGAACGUUCCAAACUGUGCUUUUCCUGGACAGAUUGCUGGAUGGGUCACCACUGCCACAUGAGGUGAUAAAAAAGCUUUCGGAAUGUUACUCCUCUCAGCUGGACUCCAUGAAUGCAGAAAUCCGUAUCCGCUGGUUGCAGAUUGUAGUCCGAAAUGACUAUUAUCCAGACCUUUACAAAGUCCGUCGCUUCUUGGAAAACCAGAUGUCUCGGAUGUACACAAUUCCACUUUAUGAGGACCUUUGCACUGGCACCCUCAAGUCUUUUGCCUUAGAAAUUUUUUACCAGACCCAAAACCAGCUGCACCCCAAUUUGCGGAAAACGAUCCAACAGAUCUUAUCACAGGGCUUGAAUCCACUUCCUGCCAUAGACCCUACAGCAGUCACUACAGACACACCAGCAAUGGUGCUUGAGGACAAAGUCUCAGAGGCCACAAAUGGUGCCAUUUCACUCAGGGAUGUCAACGUGUCUGCUUAGAUCACCAGUUCAUGCCAGCCACAAAGCUUGAAAAUGGGGACAGGAACAGAGGAAAGAUACCAAGCGUUGCCUCCUUUCUCUCAGCCUUGCAGCUGCAGCGUGUCGUUGUAACUGGAUUUCUCUCCCAAAACACAAAGCAAAUGUGCCUUCAAGUAUCCAGUGUGUGACACUGUCAGGUUUCAGAGAUCUCCUUCCGCUGUGUGAUGGAUAUUUUGAUUUGGUUUAUACUGGGCAGGGACUCCUGAGCUGUUGCUUCUGCAUGGAAAGUGGAUAGUUCCCUUUCCUGAGGCUCUUCUGGAUGGUUUCUCUGAAUUUGUUGAUUAGUGGGGUUUUUUCUUCUUUUUUUUUUUUUUUUUUUGUCUGAGGCCACUGAGGCACGUCCUACUUGCUGUGUGUGUAUGUUGCUGGGGAGUGUGUAUGUGUCAAGCUGUCAUUGCCCUGAUAUUUGGGCUAAAGUUCUGCAAAGGAGAGACUCAGGAAUUGUCAGUGGCAGCAAACACGUUUUCAUGUUAAGCUCCUUCCUGUGACAAAGGUAUUGGGAUUUGGGAGGAAGGGGAUUAAUACUUCAAUAAGAAACUAAUUUUAAAUAGCUCCUGUUCCCCCCUGCCCAGAGGUGGCUAAAUAAUAAUAAUAAUGCUUUUUAUAUAUAUAUAUAUAAAAAGAUAUAUAAAAAAGAACAGGGAAACCUUACGAUGGAUUUGAAAUCCUCCUGUAGUUGACCCUACCCUCCAUUUUCCCUUUGCACUCGAUGGGGCAAGCAAUAAGAAAAUGUGUAGGCUCGAAUUUUCAUAGAAGUUCAAAUUAGGUGCCCAAAUGCCAUCAAUUCUUGUCUAGCUGCAACCUUGGUUAGUGUGUCAUAAUGUGUGGCACAUGUAUUCAUCAGAUACAGUCUGUGUGUCUUCUGUCCUUUUGGAAGAAUUAACAGGACCUUUAGAUUCUUAAGAUCCCCAGCAUAUCUUGGCUUGUAAAUCAACUCUGGCAAUAUCCAUGGUAAAAUUUUACUGCCUUGAAUAAUGUUUGCCUGAAUAACAGUUUGCCCUGUCUGAGGGAAGCACCAUUUUUCUUGAUGAGAAACUUUUAAGCCCCACUUUACCCAAGUCUGUUUUCUGACUUAUGGUGGGAGUAAGGUGCCAUUUAAUUUACCAGGUGUCCUGUUUCUCUGGAUCAUUGGCCAGCCAUGCAGGAUGGAGAGAUGUCUUCCACCUGUGCCGUUCAGUCUCAGGAAGCUGAGGGCAACGUGUCCUUGGGUGUUACAGAGUGCAGGUGAUGGUUCAUAGACUCUGUGCCACAACACUUCUAACACGUGGGUGCCUGUGUGCCCCUCUGUGAGCUCCCACGAGGCAUCUCUGAGCUGAUGAAUCAGCAGGAUAGUCUGAAUAAAAGGUGAAACAUUUGGAAGAGGCUCAGCUAACAGAGAUGUGAGAGAAACUGUUUUAUACUUCAGGGCAAAUUUCAGCCCUGUAUGGGGAUCUGCACAGGAAGAGGGGGAAAUUUGGGAGGGUUGUUUUUUUUCUUCACCAAAAGUAUCUGUUUACACCCAUGUGUGGAUGGGGACUUAGGUGCUGUUACUGGAUCUGCAUUUUCUGGCUUUAAAUUAAUUUGGACUUCACCAUAGCCUUAGCCUGGGCUGAACUGGGAUAAAGCAAUAAUAAACUCAGGCCUCUGUAGUGCUUCAUUAGUUUUAAAAAUGGGCCAUCAGCAUUGUUGGGCUUCAGAACUCCAAGCUCUGCUCUUUGCUCCUUGAAUGGGAUUAUCUCUUUAACUCUGUUUUGUUUUCCCAGAAAGGACGGAGAAUGAUGUUUUCUGCACAAAUCUCUUUCCUUUUCAUUUGUUGUUCUAUUGAAAGAGAUUUGUACAAGCUGACUUUACACUUCCGGAGUUGCCGCUGUUGGUGCCGCGCCUCCUGGACCCCACUGCCAGCAGCGGCGGCCUGGCCAAGAGCAGGAACCACUAGCAUCUUUUGGAAUCACAGGCCUCUGUUUUAACUCGGUUUAUUUCAUGGGAGAAUAUUUGUGACCCUGGUGGAAAUUUUUCAUUAAUGGAUGCCUUAUGAUGACUGUCAAAUUAAACUAAGCUUUGUGACAA